GACCACAACGACCACCGGUCGCCCCUAAGUCUACUUAAGUAAAUCAGCACCCAGAACUCAGGAACUAUAUAUACACUACACACACAAAUCUCCAGCGUUACAUUAGCAAGAAGAGAGCUAGCCAGCCAUGGUGGCGAUGGUGGAGAGAUGGGCGGGGUUGGGGUCGGCCAUGGCCAGCAUCAUCUUCCUCUGGUCCAUGGUGCAGAACCACGUCCCGGUCACCCUCCGCCUCUACCUCACCACCUGGGCCGCCAAGCUCGCCGCCUGCUUCAGCCCAUACCUCCAGAUCACCAUCUUGGAGAACAGCGCCGGGCGCUUUCAGCAAAGCGAGUUCUUCUACGCCGUCGAGGCCUACCUCAGCGACGCGUGCGCCAGCCGCGCCCGCAGGCUCAAGGCCGAGCUCGGGAGCGACAGCAGUAACCUGCAGGUCUCCGUGGACGACCAUGAGGAGGUCACCGAUGAGUUCUCUGGUGUGACUCUCUGGUGGUAUGCCUCCAAGAAGCAUUCCAAGGGGAAUGUCAUCAGCUUCUACCCUGGCGAGGACGAGAGACGCUUCUACCAGGUCGUCUUCCACAGGAGCCACCGUGACCUCGUCGUCGGCUCCUACUUGCCCUUCGUCCUCGCCGAGGGCCGCACCGUCAUCGUCAAGAACCGCCAGCGCCGCCUCUUCACCAACUGCGGUGGUAGACGGAGGCGCUACCUUCGCAAUAGCGUCUGGGACUAUGUUAAGUUUGAACACCCGGCCACGUUCGACACGCUUGCCAUGGACACUGACCAAAAGGAGGCCAUCAUGGACGACCUCAUUGCGUUCAAGGAUGGCAAGGAGUACUACACAAAGGUCGGCAAGGCAUGGAAGCGGGGGUACCUAUUGUACGGCCCGCCCGGCACCGGCAAGUCCACAAUGAUCGCCGCCAUGGCCAAUUUCCUUGAUUACGACGUCUACGACCUCGAGCUUACGUCGGUCAAGAACAAUACCGAGCUGCGAAAGCUCUUCAUCGAGAUGACAAGCAAGUCCAUCAUCGUCAUCGAGGACAUCGAUUGCUCCAUUGACCUCACUGGUAAGCGCCGCAAGGGCAAGAAGGCCUCGAGUAACAAGGACUCUGACAAUGAAUAUGAAGCGGACCCGACGGAGCCACAGAAGGACGAUGAAAGCAAGGUGACACUCUCAGGCCUACUCAACUUCAUCGACGGGCUAUGGUCGGCAAGCGGCGGUGAGCGGAUCAUCAUCUUCACCACCAACCAUAAGGAGAAGCUGGACCCGGCGCUAAUCCGGCGGGGUAGGAUGGACAAGCACAUCGAGAUGUCCUAUUGCCGCUUCGAGGGCUUCAAGGUGCUCGCCAAAAACUACCUAGACAUCGUCGAGCAUGUGUUGUUUGGCGAGAUCCAGCAGCUACUCGAAGAGACCGACAUGUCACCAGCCGACGUGGCAGAGAACCUGAUGCCCGUGUCAAAGAAGAAAAAGAAGGACCCGAACAUGUGCUUGGCAGGCCUCAUUGCGGCGCUCAAACAGGCCAAGAAAGACGCCGUCGAGGCUGCGGCAGCGGCAAAGGCGAAGGAGGAAGAGGAGGCAGAAGCAAAGAAAGCCAAGGAGAAAGAGGAACCCAAGGAAGACAAAUGAAAGAAAAAACGUGCCAGGAAGCCAGGUAGCCAACCAAGACAUCAAACAAGUUUGCUUGCUCACUAGUGCUCGCUUACAACAACAAAAAGGAUGUAUAGUGUUUGUUCAAAUAAAUUAUGUAUCACUCAGCUGGAAUAAAAUGGUUUUGCUUUCUCUUCUCAA